AUGUCUGAAAAGCAAAGGGUUCUUGGUGAGUUAGAUGCCUUACAAAGUUCUAUUAUACCUGUUAACUUCUUAGGCUCUGUGAUUGAGCUCGUGCAACAGGAAUCUGGUGACUACACAGCGGUUCAGAUUGACCAAGGGCAUGGCCUCCCACCCGUGGACAAGAGUUAUUCGAGUCGAAAGGGAGUAGACUGGUCUUUCGGCCCACUCAAGUUCGCAGGCUAUCUCGACACGGACACAUUCGAGCUUGCUGUUGCGCCCUCUGUCCUGGCUAUAUCUCUCGGGAACAUAUACGGCUCCCUGAAAGAUGGUGUCAGUGUUAAAGUCAAUCUGCAUCAAGCAAAAGGCUCUUUGAAGUGGUACCUCAAGAACGGCAAUGAACUCUGGGUGCAUCUAGAGAUCAAGAUCACGUUUGAUGGAAGUUUUGAGGGGGAUUAUAAGAUCCUGUCAUUCUAA